AUGGCUGUGGCAUCAAAGGUCUUUCAUGACAUUGCGUAUAAGGCCAAGGACAGACAAGAUCUGCUGGCCGGCAUCGACGAGUUCCUGGAUGAGGUGAUUGUGCUUCCUCCUGGAGAGUGGGACCCGGCCAUCAGGAUAGAGCCCCCGAAAUCCCUCCCGUCCUCUGACAAAAGGAAAAACAUGUAUGCAGGAGGGGAAUCGCAGAUGAACGGAGAUAUGCCUCAUGAUGGAGGUCACGGAGGAGGGGACGCUGUAGGUGACGAGCUGAAGAAGACUGGAAGGUUUUGUGGGGGUCUCUUACUCGACAUCAAAAGAAAAGCGCCUUUCUUUGUCAGUGACUUCACCGAUGGAUUUCACAUUCAGGUCUUGUCGACCAUUUUGUUUUACCUGGGAACUGUGACGAAUGCCAUCACCUUCGGUGGUCUGCUGGGGGAUGCUACAGAAAACAUGCAGGGCGUGUUGGAGAGUUUUCUGGGCACAGCAAUCACCGGUGGGGUUUUCUGUCUGCUGGCUGGUCAGCCUCUCACCAUCCUCAGCAGCACUGGUCCUGUUCUUGUGUUUGAACGGCUGCUCUUCAAUUUCAGCAGAGAGAAUGGCUUUGACUACCUGGAGUUCCGCCUGUGGAUUGGCCUGUGGUCGGCGUUCUUCUGCCUGGUGCUCGUGGCCACUGAUGCCAGCUUCUUGGUGCAGUACUUCACCCGGUUCACUGAGGAGGGCUUCUCCUGUCUCAUCAGCUUCAUCUUCAUCUAUGAUGCCUUCAAGAAGAUGCUCAAAUUAGCUCACCACUAUCCCAUCAACAGCGAAUUUAAGAUGGAAUAUGUCACACAAUACGACUGCCUCUGUAUGGCUCCUGCUGUUCUAGAGAACAGUACAGAUAUCAUUGGUGACCCAUUAGAAGGUACUUCAGUCUGGUACUGGAACAACACUGAUCUGCCAAUGAACGCCACAUGGUCGUCCCUCACAAAGACCGAGUGCUUAAAGUACAAAGGAGAGCUGGUGGGGAAGGCCUGUGAGUUUGUCCCAGACAUCGCCCUCAUGUCCUUCAUUCUGUUCUUCGGCACUUACACCUGCUCCAUGUGUCUGAAGAAGUUCAAGAGCAGCCCCUUCUUCCCCACCACAGUGAGGAAGCUCAUCAGUGACUUUGCCAUCAUCCUGGCCAUCUUUAUCUUCUGUGGAGUUGAUAUGCUUGUAGGAGUUGACACUCCAAAACUCAUUGUGCCAACCGAAUUCAAGCCAACAAGUCCAAACCGGGGCUGGUUUGUUCCCCCGUUCGGAGGAAACCCCUGGUGGGUUUACCUGGUGUCGGCCCUUCCUGCCCUGCUGGUCACCAUACUGGUCUUCAUGGACCAGCAGAUUACUGCUGUGAUUGUCAACAGGAAGGAGCACAAGCUGAAGAAAGGGGCAGGUUACCAUCUGGAUCUGUUCUGGGUGGCCGUUCUGAUGGUGAUUUGCUCCUUCAUGGGUCUGCCAUGGUACGUGGCUGCCACCGUUAUCUCCAUUGCGCACAUCGACAGUCUGAAGAUGGAAACCGAAACAUCGGCUCCCGGAGAGCAGCCGAAGUUUCUGGGUGUGAGAGAGCAGAGGGUCACUGGUGUGUUUGUGUUCAUCCUGACAGGACUGUCUGUAUUUAUGUCUCCCAUUUUAAAGUUUAUCCCCAUGCCGGUGCUGUACGGAGUCUUCCUAUACAUGGGAGUCGCCUCUCUUAAUGGAGUUCAGUUUAUGGAUCGUCUCAAGCUGCUUCUGAUGCCAGCAAAGCAUCAGCCGGACCUGGUUUACCUGCGACACGUUCCUCUCAGGAAGGUUCACCUCUUCACCUUCAUCCAGAUCCUAUGCUUGGCUCUGCUCUGGGUCCUCAAGUCCACUGUGGCUGCUAUUGUAUUCCCUGUCAUGAUCCUUGCUCUGGUAGCUGUCAGAAAAGUGAUGGACUACAUGUUCUCCCAGCACGACCUCAGCUUCCUGGACGAUGUCAUCCCAGAGAAGGACAAGAAGAAGAAAGAGGACGAGAAGAAGAAAAAGAAAAAAGGAGGCAGCAUAGACAGCGACGCUGAAGACUCUGACUAUCCUUACAAUGAGAAUGUUCCCAGCAUUAAAAUCCCCAUGGACAUGAUGGAGCAGGAGCCCUUCUUAGGUGAUAAGGCGUCUGACAGAGAGAAGUCCCCAUCAUUCCUUGAACGACAUACAUCGUGCUGAGCAGCUUCGCUACUACCAGGCCAAUUACUUGUCCAGCCCCGAGAUGAGUCCGCUGAAGUCUGUGCCUCAGAUUAGAAUAGACAUGGACCCAGACGACGAUAAUUCAUUCUACUGGAAGAGAAGAGGUUCUGAAACGUCUCUGUAGAGCACCAAAUCCUGCAGCACCCGCAACACAACUAUCUAUUUUACUCUACUUUCCUUUCAACGAUUUCAAGACCUUAUUCUUAAUUAGGAGGUAUAGGGGAAAAAAAGGGAACGCACCAAGGAACAAACACAACGAUACAUUUCUAAUAAUGAAGCUAUUUUAAGGCCAUUUCUUUCCUCACAAUCUUCUCUUGGUAGUUUAUCUCACAGCUCCACAGUAAACAGUCUGACUCAAACACUGUUAAAUGUAACUCCUUACUACUCUUCUAUGCAACUCCUCCCACGCGGCGCUGAUCAACAGUGAAUGCUGCAGCUCUCUCGGACCACGCAUGGACUGCCCUUCCUGCUUUUUUUUAUAUAAAUAUCAUCUGUCCGAAUUUUUAUAUAAAUUGAAUUACUCUAAUAACACUUUCCUGUAGCAGGAAAUUUAUGUUUUUUAUAGCUCUACCUCUUGUUUUAGAUUAAAUGCUUAUUAUGAACAAAUGCAACAUGUUGAUUUUUGACGCAGCAUGGGGUUUUGAUAUUUUCUCUCUGUCCUCUUGUAGAGUUGAAAUGAUUCAAUUUGCUGUAGGAAAUGUGUGCAAAUAGAUCUUUUAAGUUAAUUAACAGUUAAUUAACAAUGCACAUAUAUAUAUGUGCAGAUGAGGUAAAUAUUUUUAUUAUCACUUUUGAUGCAGUCUUCAUUGCUUCACCUUCUCUUUCUAAUUUACUGAAUCUUUCACACGUUCACUUCAAAGCUUUUGUUUCUUGUUUAAAUUAAAUCAUGUCAUUAUC